AGAUAGAGACAGAGAAAGAGAGAGUGCAGCCAUCGCAACUGCCGAACAUCAGCGCGGUCGUGCACCGUAGUCGUUGUUUACCUGCCAUCUUGACGCGUUCGGGUCCGGAUAUCGUCCGGUUUCCAUCAGUAGUUCCCAGGCCGCACACGUUUGGGACACACAUAAAACACACAUCAAUCUAGGCCCCUCUGAAUUAAGUUGCAAACAGAAAAACUCUUCGAAACAAGUGCGUGUUUGUAAGUUUUGCAUAGCAAUAACUCAACUCAUAAAUAAUCAAAUACCAAAGUGAACAUUAUAAAGCCGCCCAAGGCAAAGGCUCACCGACCGCGAAACACUCAACCGUAAAUCGAAAAAAAACCCUCGAUAGGCCAUAUUGUGCGUGUGCCCUUUGCCCAACGCGGUUCUCUCUGUUCCGUUCUUUCGCGCGCGCUUCCGCCGGGCUUUUUGGAGCUCUCCCGUAAUUGAUCUCGUUUCGAGUGUUCGUCCGGAAGUAGGGCGCCACUGAAAAACACGCGCACACACACAGCGUCGUGAUUAGUGACAUCUUUCCAUCGCAAAACAUCACACCACCAAGAGAAAGGGGAAGAGUUCCAUCAAAAGCUUGUGGGUGGUUGCCCACCAAUUGCUAGCUCCAGACCAAAAGAAUCCGUCCCAAUCGUCCCGGUGGUGCCAACACCUACGCAUCGACCAGUCUGCUCAGUGGAAGUUUUGCCUUUUUUCCUGUCUCAAACAGCAUCAUGCUGGUGUCAGCAAGUACGGUGACAUAAAGCAGAGUUCCGGUGAUUUUGGGAACUGUUCCACAAGGCUUGCUUCUUCACAGUACAAUUGAAGGAAAGCAUCCGGACACAACAAGCAGUAGAAGGCAGCAGCAGCAGCCACAGGAAGAAAACAUCUUUAUUCCAAGGACAAAUCAAAUCGAUUCUCGAUGCCAUACAUUCUCAUCCGCGGUAAUCUUGCGUCCUACGGUCACAAGCAUCCAUUCCGUGUGCUCGUUUCCGGUCUGAAGGCGGCCGACAUUGAACAGCUGAACCGUUUCCCGUGCGGUGGCUACAGUGAUGAGUCCACCGUCGUCUAUCUGCAGCAUCCGUGCGUGAUGCUAACGGCACUGGAGGUGCUCGGGUAUCGGGUCGUAGCGUCCUCGUCCACCGCCGUCAAGCAAGACUACAACGAGUACAUGUGGACGAUGCGGAAGGAGUUUAGCGAUCCCGAACCGUACCUCAGCGAAACGUCCUCCGCCGUGAUCGAGCGAGACAAUCUGGCCAACAGUGGCCGCGAGGGUGGCAACUACAACGGUGGGAACAGCAAAAUCGAUCUGCCGGAGUAAAACGUUCCGUGCGGUGGUCGUUCAGCCAGCAUGUGUACCAAAAAUACUGAGAAUAUUCGUACGGGUAGUAACGGUUUUUCAUAAUUUGUAUUCGAAUGAGCGACAGCCAAAAUGACAGCUGUCACGCAACGUCACAACAAAACUCCCGAACCAAAACAAAAAUCCUUGUACUGAUGAUUGUUGAGCCGGUUCGGGAGUGCACAAAAUCAUCACUCCGUUUAGCCAUAGCUGCAAACAUUUGUGAAAAUCGUCGAUCGAUUGUAAUUUAGCUUGCUGCACAAUGUCCUCGUGAAAAAAGCGCUUGCGUGGUAGUGUGUGUACGAAAGUACGGAGAGCUGUUUCAUAGCAACACAACCUACACCAGUGGACCAUGAGGGGAUGUGGAAGCUUCCGGCCUACUUGAAUCGCUUGCUACCAAAUUAAUGAACCUGUCUCUGCAUUCGCGCAAUGACCGAGAAGCCCUGCAACGAGCGUGAUGCUCACGAUCACACGAAAUGUUCAUCGAAAGGUGUCGGCGCGACACAGUCACUGAGCGAGCUGGAUUUUGACCGAGGGAUAUGGAGUGCGGCGAUGAGUAACGAAAUCGACCGCCUGGAAAUGCUUAUUACCAAAGGACACCUUUACGACCGGGACAGCUGUGGUUACACCGCACUACACUACGCCGCACGCAGCGGGCACGCCGAGGCUUGCCAUUUACUCUUAGCACGAGGGCUCGGAGUGGACGAAGUCACGAACGGUGGCGUUACCGCACUUCAUCGAGCUGCAAUGAUGGGACACUACAAAAUCCUUCAACUACUGAUAGCAAACAGUGCGAACGUAAUGCAUAAGGAUAAGGAUGGCAAGACGGCCCUACACCGGGCAGCCGAAGGUGGCCAUCUGCAGUGCUGUCAGUUGCUUGUACGCUUAAAUCCCGCCCUCUGCCAUGUACAGGACGUGCGGAACCAGAAACCGAUCGAUCUCGUGCGAAACACUCACAGCGAUUCGGACCAGCUAAGACACUUGUUGGCUGGAUAGCAUUAAGGCCUGAAGAAAAGCUUUCAUUUCGUACACCUUCUGUCUUCCCCGUAUAAAUUGCGUACUAAAGGGAGCACUACUUUUAAAGGGCAAAAGUCCCAUUUUAAAAACUCGAUUUGUUGCGCUUAUUUGUGAUUUGCGAGUGAUGAUGUGAGUGUCGCACAAGGGUAAUUUUCUAUUUUGUACCCACACAAGAUUUUAGACUUUAGCAAACCGUGUGUACUAGGAAAGUUAUAAUAAAUGAAAAAUUAUAGUAAAUGAUUUUAUUCUCUA